UUUAUAUUUUUAUCUAUAUAAGAAGUUGAUUUUUUCGCCAUACAUAAUACAAUAAGUAGAAUUGAUAGUCGUGUGUUAUGGAAACACCGGAGAAUUUAAUAAAAUGCUUUGACGAAAAAAUUCAAUGGGGCUGGGGACAUGGUCGAACAAUUGAAACUUGUAGAAAAAGUUGAAGGUGUUGACAAACUAAUAAGAAAAAUUCAACAAGAAGUAAAAUUUCUUAACAAAGUACGAGCUACAGGUAAAGUCAAAAAAGAGCAUUUACAAAGCACGAAUUUAAUUCAUUUGAAUGCUAUAGUAAAUAGACUCUUAUCUGCUAAUGAUCCUGUCAACGUUUUAAAACCAUUCAAGUAUCAAAACUCAAGAUUAGAAAUAGAUAUUGUUUGUGAUGGAGGUUUAAGUUGGGUCAAAGUUAUUGCUCGCAAUGCAAAAGCACUUACACUCAUCUCCAGAGGCAAUGCUGAAUAUGGUCAAAAGUCAGUUUUUGAUCAAGCAGAAUCUUAUUUAAAAUGUGCUAAAAAUCAUCCACACAUGUAUAGACCACCAGAUAUUGUAUUUUAUUUUGCCUGUGGUAUAGAAAAACCAUUAGCAGAGAAGUUGGAAAAUUCUUUAGGUAUCAUUAUUGAAGGAGAUAUUAUAAAUUCUGAUUAUGAUGAUAAUGAUAUAAUAAAUGAUGACUUAUUACGUUCAGAGUCAGAGACAGAAUCUGAAGAAUCUACAAGUAAUAAUGUCUAUGAUUUAUUAGACUUGAAUACCAAUGUUGAAACUACUGAUAUUACAAUACUCAAUUUAGAUGUUUCAACUUUACUUGCUUAUGUGACAAAUAUGACCAAUGGUUAUGCUAAUUUCAUUUACAUCGAACCCCUGCUCACUACACAGGCUGAGUGGGAAAGGACUCGGCCUAUAAAACCAGUAUUGGAUAAUUUGUUUCAAAAUAAAGAGCUGGUAGUAUGUCAAACUGCAUAUGACAAUUUCACAAAUAUCAUCAAUCUAAUUGGUGGACCUAUUGAAAAAAAAAGAACUGAAGAUUUAUUAAAUAGAGUGAAAAUUGUUGAAGACAUUCCACAUGGAAGAAUAAUGGAUUUGAAUCUAGGUGGUAAAGUUAAAGAACGAUCAAGACUUGUUUUUGCCAGUGGAGAAAAUUUAAAAAGUAUUACUGUAUCUGCCAAUGAAGGAUUUGUUCGUGCUGCAAGGAUGCAGGGAGUGGAGUGUAUGGUAUUUAUUCACGAACCACGAUCUUUAUCUGAAAUGAAAGAACGAAAUGCCGCAAAAAUCGAGUCUUCUUGACAUGACUUAUCUCACAAUAGUCUAGCGCUUUUUUGGACAUAAUGAUAUUAAUAUUUAUGUUUUUUAUACAAAUAUUUAAUAGAAUGCAAUCAUUACGUAAUAUUAUUGAUUAUAUAUUAUUUGAAAAUUAUUUAUUAAAUGUUGAAUA